AUGAGUUGGUCAGCGAGACAUGUGUCCAUUCCCGCGAUCAUUGGUCUUUCGUUAACAGGUGUCUUUGAAGAAGAGUCCAAGGGUCCCAUAACAGUCCGCGAAAAAAAAUUCAUGACUAUCGAAGUAAAAGUACCCAGAGCAUUAGUUCCCGCAGUAAUAGGUCGUGGUGGAUCGACGAUAAAGGACAUUGAACAGCGCACUUCCACCAAAAUAAGGUUCUCUGAAGAUAAUGUUGAUAAUCCAACCAGAAUCUGUUUCAUAAAGGGCACUUUUGAGUGUAUCAAGCUCGCCGAAGCUUUAGUUAUUGAUAUUAUCGAAAACCAGCCGGUUAUAGAGACCUACGAGAUGUUUGUCCCCACGCGGGUGCGGUCAUUGCUUCUUGCAGAUCGCGGGGAAGUUAUCAACACGAUUCAGGCAACCUCCAAUGCUAAGUUGAUAGUAGAAAAAGGCUUCAGCACUGAUGACAAAAAACGCGUUAUUAUCAAGGGAACUGCCGAGCAGAUUGGAUCAGCUGUUUGCUGUCUCGAGGAACUUAUACAAGAGUCCAAGGACACUCAAGAAAAACUGGAGGUCAGUCAGAGCUCCAGGUCUCCCAGGGGAAAAGUUUCUCCUAGAAGUACUCCUACUCAGUCGGAUUCUGUUCAAACUAUUGAUUCUUCACUCGACGGCGUGAUGGAGGUGUACGUCAGUGCUUCCGAAAGUCCCAGUCAAUUCUGGAUUCAAAUGGUAGGAGAUAGUAUCCUUGAGCUGGACAAACUUAUUGAUGAAAUGUCCGAGUAUUACUCCAAAAAAGAAAAUCAAGAGCUUCAUGUACUGAAAAAUAUCUCGGUGGGACAAACAGUCGCCGCUAAAUUUAGCUUCGAUAACCGCUUCUACCGGGCCGAAGUGAUAGCAGUCAUGGACGACGGGUUCAAUAUUCAUUUUCUGGACUAUGGAGACCAUGAAAUUAUUGAAGGAACGGAUUUAUAUGAACUUAGGACGGAUUUUCUGAGCUUACGGUUUCAGGCUCUUGAAUGUUCUUUGGCAAAUAUAAGACCUCCAAAUGGAUAUGAGUGGAGUGACGAAGCUUGUGAUAGGUUUGGUGAUUUAUCUUGGGUCGCUCAGUGGAAAGUUCUUAUUGCCAAAGUUCGUGGCUUCAAGGAGCGAGUCAUUAGUCAAGGGACUAGUCGAAGAGAAGGCUCUCCUAUUCCAUGUGUUGACCUGUAUGAUAAAAAUGAUAAAAAGCAACUGGUGAUUGAAAAUUUAGCGGUUCUCGAUGACAGCUCUUGGUCGACUGCCAGCUCAACCGCGUCAUUGUUGAAGCACCAAGAUGCUUCGAGUCCCUCUUUGGACAACACGCUACCAGUGACCACGAAAUCCAGUUCACCGCAGCGCAAAAUCACCCCAGAAGUAAUCGACUUGACCACCCCGCGCAAGCGAGUCGUCGAAGAAGUCGAUUUGGUGACUCCGCAAACUGACUGGAAGAAAAAAUCGACUUUCGACACGAAAAAACAGGGCAAAUCUACCAACGGUACUAAACAGGAAAAUAAAAAACUUCCUGUAGAUACGCAGCCGCGUCAUUUGCCAGGUGGUGAGGAGAGUUACGACGAGUAUUCUGAUGAGCUUGAAAUAUAUCUCGCGAUACCAAUCGACGGAAUGGACAUAAUUGAAGUUAAUCCACAACAGCAGUUUCACCCACAGCAGAUUCAGCAAAGACCGCCGAGACAAACAGAAGCUUAUAUACCGCAAAUUUUGUCACACGGUCAGCAAUUACAGCAAGAACGCCAGCAACCGCGGAUUGAGAGAUCACCCAUACUCGAUUACGUAGACUUUGGCGCUCAAACUGGGAAUAAUGGGGCUUAUAACUGGUUCGUUGACUACCCUGCUCAUCAGUAUUUUUAUGACUCUAAUAGAGAAUUUACUCUACACAAUAAAGAUCAAUAG